AAACCAGUCUUCUCUUGUGAACAUUUCUGUUCUGAUGCUCAGACUCUGCCCAUUUUUGGAGAAAGUGACUGCCCCAAUUCUAUGGUAAAAGUCUCGAAUAACAUAAGAAAACUAAAAUGGAGAGGCACAUACAGAGAGUCCUAAACAAAGUAUCAUUCAUAUCAACCGUUAUAGCAACACUUAUUCUCCUUUCGCUCCUACUCCAUGUCCCAGAAACAUGUAUCCCAGCUAAAGCUCCGAAAAAGCCUCAGCUUAGAUUCCCCAAAUCCACCUGCGACUUCUCUGCCCGCUACUACCUCCCUCUUCACAAGAAGAAUGAUCGCCUCUGGUCUUCUAAAUCUUGGAUAACCAAGGUUUCUUCCUACACUCGAUUCUUCACCCAACUGUACCAAAUGGGUGUCCUAAACAACCACUCCAAAGUGCUGUGUGCCUCAGCUGGGGCUGGUCAUGAGAUCAUGGCUCUAACCAAAAUGGGCGUAGAGGAUGUCACAGGUGUUGAACUGGUAGAGUCGUUGCCUCUGGUUAGCCGGGCCGAUCCCCAUAAUCUUCCUUUCUUCGAUGGGGCGUUCGAUGUCGUAUUUACCGGUCAUUUGGAAGAGGCAUUGUAUCCGUUGCUGUGUGCAGGGGAGAUGGAGAGGACUGUGAGAAAAGGUGGAGUGAUAGUGGUGGCUGUGGAGGAGUGUAAUGAGAAGGAAGUGAAGGACAUACUUAGGUUGUUUAGGAGGUCCAGGCUUCUUAACCAUUCUCAUGUUACCUUCAAGGGAAGGAGAAUCACCAGGAUUGUAAUGAAGAAUAAGGCUUCUACUUAAGGUGUUUUUU